CUGGUGAAAACCAACAUGGAGAAGCUGACCUUCUAUGCCCUCUCAGCUCCGGAAAAACUAGACCGUAUUGGCGCCUACCUCUCCGAGAGACUCAUCCGGGAUGUGGGUCGUCAUCGAUACGGGUAUGUGUGCAUCGCCAUGGAGGCCCUGGACCAGCUGCUCAUGGCCUGCCACUGCCAGAGCAUCAACCUCUUCGUGGAGAGUUUCCUCAAGAUGGUGGCCAAGCUGCUGGAGUCAGAGAAGCCCAACCUACAGAUCCUCGGCACCAACUCGUUUGUGAAGUUUGCCAACAUCGAGGAGGACACCCCAUCCUAUCAUCGGAGUUAUGACUUCUUUGUGUCCCGAUUCAGUGAAAUGUGUCACUCGAGCCACGAUGACUUGGAAAUCAAGACUAAAAUUCGAAUGUCGGGCAUCAAAGGUCUGCAGGGGGUGGUGAGGAAGACAGUGAAUGACGAACUGCAGGCCAACAUCUGGGACCCACAGCACAUGGACAAGAUCGUCCCGUCGCUGCUGUUCAAUCUUCAGCACGUAGAGGAAGCAGAGAGCCGGUCUCCCUCACCCCUCCAAGCACCAGAGAAGGAAAAGGAGAACCCGGCGGAGCUGGCCGAGAGGUGCCUUCGGGAGCUGCUGGGCCGGGCUGCCUUUGGCAACAUCAAAAACGCCAUCAAGCCUGUUCUCAUCCAUCUGGAUAACCACUCUCUUUGGGAGCCCAAGGUGUUCGCCAUCCGUUGCUUUAAAAUCAUCAUGUACUCAAUUCAGCCGCAGCACUCGCACCUGGUCAUCCAGCAGCUCCUCGGCCACCUGGACGCCAACAGCCGCAGCGCCGCGACCGUGCGCGCUGGCAUCGUGGAGGUUCUGUCGGAGGCUGCCGUCAUCGCGGCCACCGGUUCUGUCGGGCCCACGGUGCUGGAGAUGUUCAACACGCUGCUGAGGCAGCUGCGGCUCAGCAUCGACUACGCCCUGACCGGCAGCUACGACGGCGCCAUCAGCCUGGGCACCAAGAUCAUCAAGGAGCACGAGGAGCGCAUGUUCCAGGAGGCGGUGAUCAAGACCAUCGGCUCCUUCGCCAGCACGCUGCCCACUUACCAGCGCUCCGAGGUGAUCCUGUUCAUCAUGAGCAAGGUCCCGCUGCCCUCCCUGCAGCACCCCCUGGAGGCGGGGAGGACGGGGGAGAACAGGAACCGUCUGACCCAGAUCAUGCUGCUGAAAUCCCUCCUUCAGGUAUCCACAGGUUUCCAGUGCAACAACAUGAUGUCAGCCCUGCCCAGCAACUUCCUUGACCGCCUUCUCUCCACCGCUCUCAUGGAGGACGCAGAAAUCCGUCUCUUCGUUCUAGAGAUUCUCAUCAGUUUCAUCGAUCGUCAUGGCAACCGCCACAAGUUCUCUACCAUCAGUACCCUCAGUGACAUCUCUGUUCUGAAGCUGAAAGUGGACAAAUGCUCCCGACAGGACACUGUCUUCAUGAAGAAGCACUCCCAGCAGCUCUACAGACACAUCUACCUGAGCUGUAAGGAGGACACGAACAUGCAGAAGCACUACGAGGCCCUCUACGGCCUGCUGGCGCUCAUCAGCAUCGAGCUGGCCAACGAGGAGGUGGUGGUGGACCUCAUCCGCCUGGUGCUGGCUGUCCAGGAUGUGGCGCAGGUCAACGAGGAGAACUUGCCUGUGUACAACCGCUGUGCCCUCUAUGCGCUGGGCGCCGCCUACCUGAACCUCAUCAGCCAGCUCACCACGGUGCCUGCCUUCUGCCAGCACAUCCACGAGGUGAUAGAGACCAGGAAGAAAGAGGCUCCGUACAUGCUCCCUGAGGAUGUGUUUGUGGAGAGGCCCAGGCUGUCUCAAAACCUUGACGGAGUGGCGAUUGAGUUCCUCUUCCGCCAGAGCAAGAUCAGCGAAGUCCUGGGGGGCAGUGGCUACAAUUCGGACCGGCUCUGUCUGCCCUACAUACCUCAGCUGACAGAUGAGGACCGCUUAUCCAAGAGGAGGAGCAUUGGAGAGACCAUCUCCCUGCAGGUAGAGGUGGAAUCGAGGAACAGCCCAGAGAAGGAGGAGCGAGUGCCUGCUGAAGAGAUCACCUACGAGACGCUGAAGAAGGCCAUCGUGGACAGUGUAGCGGUCGAGGAGCAGGAGCGUGAGCGACGGCGACAGGUAGUGGAGAAGUUCCAGAAGGCACCCUUUGAGGAGAUUGCAGCACACUGUGGAGCCCGGGCAUCACUGCUCCAGAGCAAACUCAAUCAGAUCUUUGAAAUCACCAUCCGGCCCCCUCCAAGCCCGUCGGGGACCAUCACCGCAGCCUACGGGCAGCCGCAGAACCACUCCAUCCCCGUGUACGAGAUGAAGUUUCCCGAUCUGUGCGUGUACUGAGUUCCAAGGGGCAGACCUCCUCAGGGGCAUGGAGUCUGAGGGACAGGCUCGCCCUCACACCUGCCUGGCCACAUGGAAAUCUAGCUGGGAUCUCUGAGAAAAAGUCACCUUGGAGGGCAGCAGCUGCUCCCCAGCUGAGCAAAGGUGGAGACGCUCUGGUCCCUCUUGGCCCUCCGACCUCCUCAUCGCCUUCCCCGAGGGAGACCCAGCCACCCGCCCCUCUGCAGCCAAUAAGCAUCUCACCUGU